CCGGGUGCGGCGACGCCGACAAACCACAACACAACACGGCACGAACAUGGAUUAAAAAAAAAAAAAAAAAAAAAGCACACAAAUUCCCACUCAAGAGGAGACGCCGGCGUCGCUCGGACUUUUGUCAAGACACAAUGACACGCUUUGGAACGCGCGUCGCCGCCUCGUUUCGCCUUGUUUUGUCUCCUUAAGAGCGUUUUUUGAUGUUGUUGUUUGUUUUUGUUUUUGUUCUGAACCGGUAAGCCGUCUGUCGUCUUCUUGCCACUUUAGCUCUGAGCCCGGUUAGCAUUAGCUAACGGACAAAUAGGCAUUAUCUGGGCCCCAUUGUGACGUCACAGGAAUUGAGCUCAUUGAAAGCGACGUCAGCCAACAGCGGAAGAUGAACGGCCUGUCGGUCAGCGAGCUGUGCGGCCUCUUCUGCUGCCCGCCGUGUCCCGGCCGCAUCGCGGCCAAGCUGGCCUUCCUGCCGCCGGAGCCCACGUACGCCUUCCUCCCGGAUCCGGAUCCGGAACCGGAACCGGAACCGGAAUCGGGCCCGGGCGGCUCGGGGUCGAGCCUGCGCACUCGCGGCGAGUGGAAGCUCCACCUGACGGAGCGCGCCGAGUUCCAGUACACGCAGAGGGAGCUGGACACCGUGGAGGUGACGCUGGCGCGGUCCAGCCGAGGGAACGAAAUCGGCUGCAUGUACAUCCGCUGUGUUCCCAAAUCCAGAUUCACGGUGCUGUUUUCCCACGGCAACGCAGUGGACUUGGGCCAGAUGAGCAGCUUCUACAUCGGCCUGGGCACGCGCAUCAACUGCGACAUCUUCUCCUACGACUACUCCGGCUACGGCGUCAGCGCCGGCAAGCCCAGCGAGAAGGACCUCUACGCCGACAUCGACGCCGCCUGGCACACCCUGCGCACUCGGUACGGCGUGAGCCCCGAGAGCAUCAUCCUGUACGGCCAGAGCAUCGGUACGGUUCCCACGGUGGACCUGGCGUCCAGGUACGAGUGCGCCGCCGUGGUCCUCCACUCGCCGCUCACGUCGGGCAUGAGGGUGGCGUUCCCCGACACCAAGAAGACGUACUGCUUCGACGCCUUCCCCAAGGAUGAGCGAGUAGCGAUACCGGGUCGAGGUGCCUGGCCUUAUUUCAAGGUAGCGGGUACACGUGAAGGCUGUCGAUACUUGCCGAUAAUCGGACAUCAAGUGAGUCCUCCUCGCCAGGGGUUGGCGCUACACAUCGGCGAGUCAUCGGAAUCACAAAGAAAGUUCUGAUCGCAAUUCUCUAUCGUUGUGUUCUUGGAUAUUGGGACUCUGUAUCGGCGAGUACUCCAAACAACUGGUGACCGACUCGAUCACGGAAUGAAUUAAACUCCUAGAUCAAGGUAAAACUGUCUACACUUUUUUUUUAAAGGGACUUUAAUGAAUAAAAAGCUGUUUUUAAGACUGUCUUUUUUUGUUUGUAAAAUGAUGAAUGUGAUGAUUGCUCAGGUCAUCCUCUUUUUGAGGAUGGACAUUUUAUUUUUUUUAAAAUGUCUGCUCAUCUACCUUUGUGUUUCCCACCUUUUAUUGAGCCCAGGUGCAUAGUUUACAAUUGAAAAAAAAAAAUGCCACAACACAACCCCCCCCCCCCCCCCCCCCCCCCAAAAAAAAAGUAUGACUAACGCAAUAAUGAUCUCGUCUCGAUUUACUCACAAAUUUCAAAUGUGAAAGCUAUUGUUCUUAUUUUAUGACCGGCAAAAGGUGGAUACACAGCUUAAUUGUAUUGUCUGCCAUCUAGUGGAAGCGCGUUGAAUUGUUCUGCCUGUCAUAAUUAGAUGCACAUUAUUUGUAGUGAGUAAAUGAUUUUGGGUCAAAUUUUCCCUCGGUGAAUUGCGGUUAGGAAUCACCGGUCUACCUCAAAGUCUGUCUUUUGUUUUCGAGUCUUUUGCGUGUGGCGACCAGCAAAGCAAAAAUGUUUUGGCACUUCUCGAGUCGACGCGCUGUCUGAAAUCUUCCUUUAUGAAUACGAAUGACAUGACUUUUCUAAUCUUCUCUUCGUCACGUGAAUGCUUUGAAUGUGCUGCUUUAUUGGCUCUCGAAAGUUUGCAAGCAAAUAAAAGCUCCUCUUGCUCCGA